AUGGCUGAAACUAUCAAGAUGAAUCUACAACCGGCUCCCCAUUCUGUUCUCUAUGCAGCUGGAUUCCCUCGAGUCUAUGCCGAGAAUUAUCCACAUGGAGAUCGCGCAGCAUUUGCUAAAUAUUAUCCAUAUGGAAUUCCCGUCACCUACAAAAUGAUGCAUGGCGUGUCAUCUCAGGGAGUAGCCCAGACCUAUUUGGAGGACAAUCUUCCUGUUGGAUUCUAUACCAAUGUACCAGCCAAAGCAAAGGCUUUCAUUUCAACCUCGAAUGGAAGCCGACCGUUUCGAAAAUUGGAUCAUAUUCUACCCCAGCGUCGCAUUCACCUGUGGUCUAAAGACGAAAUCCAAGCCAUUUGUAACUCGCUCCGCAAGGUCUUUUGGAACGAGCUGAAGUACAUGCAACAGCCACACUGCUGGGACGACUUGUGGACAUUCUUCGACGCUCAUGACAUCUAUCACAAUGGCUGCAUGAAUCUUUGGAACGUCAUCAACACGCUCUGGGAUGAAAAUAAGCUCAUAUCUGUAGAUGUGAGGCGAGAAGUAGCUGCUCAUAUCGGCCAUUGGGCGGAUGAGUGGCUGAAGCGAGAGCAAAACCAGGAGAAGUUGACCAAGUGGCAGGAAUCCCACGGCCCCAUCUUUCGCAUACUUGAUGAUCAAGAUCACGACUCUCUGGGAUUGAUACACGAUGACGUGGUGCCACUGAUUGCAAGCGCGUUGAAAGGUCGUCGCGUCUUUCUUCUCUCCAACAAGGAGACAAAGCAAGUUGAAGAGCCCGUAGACUUGAUAUCGGCGUGUCGGACAAACAGCAUUGAAAACUGGCUUACCGGACAGCGAGUUUUUGAUAACAAUGGCUUGCCGCCUCCUCCCCUGUCUGAGCCUCAUCGCGGUUCUUCGGCGCCGAACGAGCCAGCUCCCUGCAUUGUGGAAAAUGGGAAGCACUACUUUCUCCCACAGCAUUGUUUUCCACUCACCGAAUCGCCUGGCGGACCUACCCAAGCUCUUCAAGCUUUGCAGAAGUCCGCCGAGGCCGCUGUACCAUCGCGACAAUCUACCAAAUCUGGUGUGGUUAUCGUCAACGGUAGCAAUCUCUCGAAACAACUGCAAAGCUCCAUCAACAAAGUAGAGAAGAAGAAAGCUAGUGAGUUUCAGAGUCAGAGUGAUCCUCGAAGGAUUGCAUCGAUGCCAGAGACGUCAUCGCCUGCGGCUGCAGGCCCCGGUCUAGAUUCAAAGCACAACACGAUUUUGGCCGCUACUGGUAACGGAGAUGCUUCUGUCACAGAAGCGAGACGAAGUUCUGAGUCAGCAUCUUUAUCAGCUUCCAACAAGAUCUCCUCAGGCCACCCCUUGCCGUCUGAGAAAGGCGGCGAAGAGAGCGCGGUGAACAACUUCAUUAGAGAAGUCGCCGAGCUGGAGCAUAAUAAGCAAGAUGCAUCUAUCGACCAACCAAUCCCUCCGGAAAGCGAAGGCCAAUUUCCACCACAUGAAGCCGCGAGACUUGGAAAAGGUCAAGCUCAGGGCACAGAUGGGCCUUUUAUCGACCCUACAAUCAUGACAAGACAAUGGCAACCUUCCCAAAGUUUUCACAGGUUAGCGCAAGAUCAAAGACACCCCAUUGGCAACUCGCCAGACGACUUCACGAGACAAAAUCUCGCGGCCCCCAUGAGAGCGUCGCCGGAGCCGACUCCUUUCUAUAUGCAGCCGGAGAAAGCUUUCAUGCCGCACCUUUCUUCGAAAGAUGGGUUCCCGCAUCAGAACGGCCACUUCUACUCUACUGCGAAUAGGCCGGUGCCUCAUCCUGCCCCAUAUAGAGACAUUUCUGGAAGCUCUCAAGUUAUGUCUCUCCAACAGCUCACUAAUGGGACGCAUUCUGGUGCUAUGGCAGCUUCCAAGUUGCGUAACGCCGCUACCAAUGGGUCUGAUGAAAGCAUUCAGCUUGCCCAAUCAACUCGGUCUGAAUUUCUGCAUGGCUCUCCAACAUCCUCGAUGCAUAUUGAAUACAGAAAUGACAGCCAACCCUAUCAUCAAGUAGGACAGCGCCGGGGAUCGUUUGCCCAAAAGACUCAUGGAUGGAACUCGGGACAGCAGGCUCAUUCGGACCACCAUCCUACUUCGCGCGAACCCUACUUGAAUAAAUCGUGGCGACGAUGCGCUCAACCGGAGAGAACUCGACAGGCCUCCUGGUGCCUCAAUCCUGGAGGCCCGAAUAGUGGGGAGUAUACUCCUUGCGCUUGCAGUGGCUGCAAUGAACGCAAUAGGAGUAUAUGGGUGAAGGUUUACCAUGACGCCUUCGCGCCGAAUAUAGAUGUCCAAACGACCCUCAAAUUUGGAAUCGGCAAUAGGUUUGGGAAAGUGGAGGAGGUUUACCCAGCUCCAUCUCAAAACAAAGAUGUGUUUAUCGUGCGAUUCGUAAAGGAGUCAUCCGUGCCGCAAGCUCUCGCAUUUGGUUCAGUCAAGCUUCCAGAGAAAGGCAUCAGAAUAACCAUUCGGCCUGCUCAUCGAUCCAAAUGGAUGAAUAAUCAUCAACCCCAACAAGCAAGGACGCUUCCACCAUUACCAAUUGCUCACCAGCAACCAAUGUGGGACGCAUCAACCCCAUCUAGCAUGAACGUUGGUUACGCUCAUACAACAGGUCCUGGUCCUUCGUUGUCGGCAACACCUACGCAUACACCAGAACGAGGUCAGAUUGCAAAUUCGCCAAGCUCCAAGAGCACUGAAACCUUGCCCUGUGAAAUAAGAUCAGAUCGAAGCGUGGCUCAGGAGACUACAUUGCCUGUCGAGGCCGCCAGUAUACCAGGUACCGACCAGUUAGGGGAGACUCAGUCUACUGACAGCCGCGGGCAAGCAACCUCUGUGAAAGAUGAAAAGCCCCACGAGUCUGAACAAGCGUCCACUCGAGCUGCGCUCUCCGUGCAAACAAAAAAAGGCAAGAAAAAAGAGAUGACUUCUCAAUCAAAGCCACUGUCUCAAGCAUAUACCGGCGGAGAAGACAGUAAAUGCAGUGAAACUAUUCCGGGAGGCGAAGAUGGUAGGCGCCCUUUGCAUAAGAAGGCCCGGGUUGCGUUACCAAGCAGUCCUAUGAAGCUGGCUGGCGCUACAACAGAAGAGUGCAAAGCGAGCUCAUCCACUGCGCCUCAUUCAGAUACAGGAGAUGGCAGUUGCACGCCGAAGAGCCCGCAAGGAAAAGCUAAAGAGACUCAAGCAUCUGAACAGGUGGACAUUCCGUGCCCAAACACUAGCACCACUGAAGCAGUUGUGCAGAAUGAUGCAAAAUUAGAGAAAGAUCAAACCCCAGUCUCAAGUGACUUCAAGAAGGCACAGAAUUCUGUCCCAAAGGGGGGCGCAGAUUUGUCACCAACAACCAAAAUCUCCGAGAACAUCUUCACAGAAGAUGAAAUCAAGGAGCGAAAACAGGCCUGGAAUAGGAUUCCUAUGCCAUUGGAUCCACGGAAAUCCAGGAAAUUAGGAACUUCUGUCACAUCCGGCCAACCGCCUAUGCAACAAACUCAGAAGGAGGUCUCGAGUGAUGUGAUGAAGAAUACGAGAGCUCCUGUAUCAUGUGUAGAUGAGCGGGCUCAACUCGGGUCAUCAGAUCUUUUGGGGGUGGACAAAAUCACACCUGAGGGAUCAAUGGAAAGAGUUGAGGAAUCGGCCGAGGGAGCUGAAGAUGUAGCUCAGAAGCUUGUGAGAGAUGAAGGGUCUAGCCUUGGACAAAGGCUCUACGCGCCUGAUGAGCAGUCGAGAAUUGCUCUCAGGAAUGAAGAUUCUUCUUCUUCUUCUAAACUAGAACCAUCCGAGUCAUUCCAUCGGGCGUCAGAGCAGUCAGUUGAGGGUACAACGACUCCCGGGAUGGUGUUGACCACUGAUAAUGGCAAAGCAAGCACUGAGGCAAAUAACCAAAGCAAACCGAAAACGAAAUGGAACAAGAACAAAAAGGCCAAGAAACGCCUAGCUUCAGCACUGCAGGCUGACUUGCAGAAGGAAACUGGCAGCCAGGAGUUGUCGCCGUCCGACUUGGGGACAUCUGCUGUGCCUGUGAAAGAGAAGUUUCAAAUGGAUCAUGAUACGCUCAUGCCAAGCUCUGCAACCACCGGACCCGCUUCUCAUUCUCUUCAUCUUCCUGAAAAGAUUGAUGAAUCAUCAAUUGAACCGUUUGGGGAGCCUAGGGAGCAGACAAUGACAGGCAAUAGAACUCAGUAUCCUUACGAUACUCUGCCGCGUGGUCGACUAGAUUUCAGGAGCAAUGCGGGCGGCUCUUUGAAGAUUCCGAAAAAGCGGAAGAACAAGUACCCCUCUAUUACUUCAAAGACAUUUGAAGCAUCGACAAUCAGCAGGCUCGCAUCGACCCAAUCAAGAGAUGCUGCUGGUGGCCCAACGCCAACAACCGACAUCAAGGGUGCAAUUGCAACCGCAGGUGAAGCUGAUGCUUCCAAGAAAAGUCGCCUGAAUCCACUGGCAACAGCUUUCGUGUCUCCUCGCAAAUCCACUGUGACAGGAGCAAGCACUGAGAAUGUUCCGUAUCCUCCUAGAGCAGCCUCUUCUCGCGCGGGACUGGCAGAGGCUUCUGUCGAGAAAAUGCAGCCCCCCUCCAAGUUUAAGAUUAUACGAAGGCCAGCGACAGCGAACAACUCACCGUCAAAGGCGCCACAGCUGAGAGAAAAGCUGAACCAAGGGUCCAAAGGAGGUGACAACUUUGAGAGUUCGACCAAGCAGCAGGAGAACAGCCGUAAUGAAGUCCAGCGUGACUGGUCCAAAGACAAGCAUCAACGGGAGCGUGAAAACGUCAAAUUGACAAAUUCGAAUACCACAUCGCCUUCAAAAGACGGUGGAAAGAAGAAUGUUGACCUCGAUACACAAGAUUGGCCAGCAUUGCCCGUGUCUCGAGUGCGAUCUGCUACUCUUCAGUAA